UUCUCGUUUGCCUUCCAUUGUUAUUUACAUUUCGUUUUUUCUUUGCCUCCCUGCGCGAAGGGUCCGUUUUUUUUUUUGCAGAAAAACAGCACUAGCGAAAUCCGCUCUAAAUUAGUGUAGUUGAUGUCGCGUUACGUGUGGUCCGGUUUUAAGAUUAUAUCGCGUGUGUUUUCACCAUUUUUUUAGUCUCGUAAGGUAUUUUAAUUAUCGGCGGCUCGAAGGUGUUUCGAGCUAUAAGGUGGAGCCGAGGAUUAGCGCGUUACUUUUGAGCUUUAUCUUAGUGCCGUUCUUGUCGUUGCCUUUUCUCGUAGUCAGGUAAAAAUCAUCACAGUUAAAUAAAAAUAAAAAGGAUUGAAUCAAAAUGAUGACCAGAAGAAAAUCGGUGCAUGACAUUCAAGCGAUUCAACAGCAUCAAAAAAAGGAGGAAUUAGAAAAUCAACAGCAAUCGAUUCGAUCAGAAAUACCAGAUGGAAGAAAAACUCCCGGUCCGAAGUCCGCACAGCCUAGAAAAAAUGCUCGAAUUAGUCAGCGAAGAAUAUCGGAAGCUGCGCCGGGAUUGCUGCAAAAUGGUACACAGUCGCAUGGUGUACCGAACGGAAUGGAUGCUGAGGAUAUUCCGAAAUUUAAGGGUUAUCGCAUAAUUGAGAUCGAUCAUUUUCUUCAGUGGGCAGCGUAUUCUCAAUUUAUGCAUUCUAAGCACUGUCCUGGCGGUUUGUUGAAGCCUUAUCAAGAAUACAUUAGUGGGUGCUAUUCUACAUUUGCCAUGAAAUGCAGUAAAUGCUCGGCAAUUAUCACGAGAUCUUCAGAAAAUUACAUACAUCACAACAAACUGAUGAACCGUUUAGUGAAAGGGACAGUGCAGAUGGGCAAAGAAUAUGACGAAAUGAACAAUUUCAUGGAAUCGUUGGAGAUACCAUUUGUAACCAAGGACGAAUUUGGGACCAUUAAAUCGCAAAUGCAGUUGAAUUCUUCGCUGGAUGAUCAAUCUGCUUUGCAAAAGGCAGUCGAAGAACUUGAAAAGGCAUCGGUAAGCUCGAAAAGAAAGCGCCAUGGGAGUUGUAAAUAUCACUACGAAGUACUGAAAGUAUACCUAAAUAAAAAAAUGCGCAAAAUAGAAGAAAAUCUGCAACUCUCGGUAAAUGAUUCUGUGGCGUUAGCGGUAAAUGCUCAUUUAAAAAAUGUCGCACACGUUCAGCUGGUAUCCACAAAUUCUAAUGCUUCAUCAUCCAGCAGUAGUGCCGCAAUCGUUUCUUCUUCCGGUGGUCAACAAAGCAAUCGUUUCGGAGCCGGAUACUCUAAUGGGCCUCCGGCAACCAGGGGUAAUGCGUCAAAUCCGAAUUAGGACUACCGAGUUUUCUUCGCGCAAUAUGUGUUACUUAUGUGUUAAUAAACAAAAACGAACAUUAUCACGUAGUGUGUACCCAGCCAGGAAGUCGUUUUCCUAAUUAGAUUGAUCAAAUCGAUAUUGAUCUAUGAGAUUUAGUCAGUUAUUGUGAGAUAUCGUAAUUUUUUACCCUUGUUUACAUCACAAAGCAACUUUGUUGACUUUCUCAGGACCUUCUUCCAAAAGUAUUGGGCGAGGAGCAAAUUAUUCUGUAAGUGUAACUUGAGUUUUACCUCAUUCAGACCAGUAUUUUCCACCGCAUUUAUUUUAUAAGGUUUUUUGUAGAAUUUAAAAGUAAUUCGCCAUACGACAGCAUAGAAUAUAUUGAAUGAAAGUAUAAA